AAAAGUAUUUAGCCAUGCCCCUUACAGCAGUGACCAAUCGCAGUAUUUCCAAGAUGUGAUUGACACAGUAGACAACGAAUGGGCUAAUUUGUACGUCAUCCUCCGAAAGGGAGUGGAUGAACAUCAUCAAGUUCGGGUGCAAGACACAGCUACUCAAUGGAAGAAGCCUGGCUGGACGAGACUACACUAGUCCUCAAAUGUACCACCGACCGUUCUUGUGCACUACUGGGGAGGGUUGACAUUGCUAGUUGUAAAUGACGAUGCGACAUUGUAUUGGACGCUCUGACUUAAUUGGGCUCACAUUAACAUAGCUAGCGUUUUGCUCCACCUGGAUACGGUCUCCCAGAGGACUACGGUGAGACAAAACACAGCAGAAGUCAGCGAGCGGUCAGUAGCCUGGGCUGGUAUCAUUGCAUCCAUCCCCGAAAGUGACGCGACCAAAUAGACCCAAGCAGCUGAAAGGCGCAGGUGCCAUGACGGGGUUGGGGGCAGAGGAUGACAUCCCGCUGGGCGAGAGGAAAACGGUCACAGACUUCUGCUAUCUGCUGGACAAGUCGAAGCAGCUCUUCAAUGGCCUCAGAGAUCUGCCCCAGUAUGGGCACAAGCAGUGGCAGUCCUACUUCGGCCGCACGUUUGACGUCUACACCAAGCUGUGGAAGUUCCAGCAGCAGCACAGACAGGUGCUGGACAAUCGGUACGGCCUUAAACGAUGGCAGAUCGGGGAGGUGGCCUCCAAGAUUGGCCAACUGUACUACCACUACUACCUCCGCACGUCGGAAACCAGCUACCUGAACGAAGCCUUCUCCUUCUACUCGGCCAUCCGCCAGCGCUCCUACUACUACCAGGUCAGCAAGGAGGAGAGGCCUGAGUUGGUCGUGAAGAAGCUGAGGUACUAUGCCCGCUACAUCGUGGUGUGUUUGCUCCUAAACAAGAUGGACCUCGUGAAAGUUUUGGUGAAGGAGCUGUCUGAGGAGAUCGAGGACUACACCCAGCGGUUUAACACUGAGGACCAGCUAGAGUGGAACCUGGUGCUGCAGGAGGUGGCUGCCUUUGUGGAGGCGGACCCGGUGAUCGUGCUGAAUGACGACAACGCCGUGGUGGUCACGUCCAAUCGGCUGCUGGAGGGAGGCGUGCCCCCGCUGGAACAGGGCAUGGUGGUUGGUCAGCUCACCCUGGCCGACGCCCUCAUCAUCGGCAACUGCACCGCUCAGGAUAACAUGGAAGUAAAGGUGAAGUUCAGUGAGCUGACCGUUGACAUGUUCCGUAUGCUGCAAGCCCUGGAGAGAGAGCCAGUCAACCUGGCCACACAGACCAGCAAGACCGGGACCUUGGAGCCCAAUGAGAAGCCAGCCAAGAGGGAGAACCCUCACAAGUACCUACUCUACAAGCCCACCUUCAGCCAGCUCUACACCUUCCUCUCGGCCUCCUUCAAGGAGCUGCCAGCCAAUAGCGCGCUACUAGUCUAUCUCUCUGCCUCUGGAGUCUUCCCCGCUACACGCAAUGAGUUUGAAGGCCCCUAUGAUGUUGGUGGUGUGCUGACCAACACCAACCGUGACGUGGUAAACGGAGAGACCAUGCAGAAGAGAAACCAGGCCCAAAAAGAGAUGCACUGCCUCCACCCUGGCGACCUGUACCCCUUCACAAGGAAGCCCCUGUUCGUCGUGGUCGACUCGUCCAACAGCACGGCCUACAAGAAUUUCACUAAUCUCUUCGGACAGCCAAUCGUCUGCCUCCUCUCCCCUACGGCCUACCCUAAGAGCAUGCAAGACCAGUCUCAGCGGGGCAGCCUCUUCACCCUCUUCCUGUACAACCCCCUCAUGGGCUUCCUGUCUGUGUGUGGACUCAGCAGCAUGCGCCGGGGAUUGUGGGAAAAAGCCCAGGAGUUCCUUCGUAAGGUGUACCGUGACAUCGGCCAGCUGAUCACACGCUCACGGGCCAUAGACCAAGCCUUCUUGCAGUUCUAUGGGGAUGAGUUUCUGCGGUUGCUGAUGAUUCGGUUUGUGUUCUGCUCAGCGACACUCCGACUGCACAAACUCUUCCGGGAAUCUCGGAGCUUUCCGGAUUCUUACCCCCAGCUUCCAAAACAAGACACAAUAGAGAACACCGCCCUUCAGAAACACGUGCAUGAACUAGCUGCCAUGUUGGACGUACAGAACCUCUUCUGUGACAGCACGCUGGAUAACUAUUGACCAUAUCGACUAUAAAACACACACACACACACACACACACACACACACACACACACCCACACACACAUACUUUACAGACAAAAAGGCAAACAUCUCUAUUAAGAUCUUUGCAUAUUUCUUCUGAAUGAACUUUGCUGUUUUAUCUAAUCUUAUUUAGUGCUAGGUUAUUCUUUGCCAAAUGUUUUUUUUGUGGAGAUGUUCAACCUUGCAGUCCACUUAUUAUUUCACAUCUCAAGACCGCUCUUGAAGCAGUGACAAUGGAAACAGUCAAAUAUGUCCGCUGGCAGCUCUCUUAACCGUAGCUGUAAAGGUAAACAAAAUAGGCACCCUUUGAGAACAGAAUAGAGAAGAAGAAAAAGUAUCACUAGUAUAGAGGGAAAACUCCGGAAAGACACCACUGCCUGUUUUGAUUCCAGCUCUUCUCCUCUCCUCCGGUAGUCUUUGGACUCCAUGUUCGCAAAGUUUACACGCCUCGUCAUCCUCUGACUUCUCUCUUGCAUGUGCAUUCGAUCGUCUUUGACACUCUGAUGUUAAUGGCUUGCCUUUCUUUGUCCUCUUGAGUUUCUUAACGCCAUUUUGUCGUCUUCUGUACUAACUUGAGUCUGACCAACUUGAGCCACAGCCCUUUUGGAAGAAGCUCUUCUGUGGUAUGAGCCCCUUGUGUUUCGGGAUGAAUUCUCCAGUCCAACGGUUCCUCGCCGGACUGGGAUGCAUUUAAGAGGGCGUGUGUGUCGUCUAAACGUUUGUGGAGUUUUAAAUGAUAUAUUCCACCGAAGAGGAUAUUUUAGCACGUUUGCCAGUAGUGUGUGUCCCUGUCCAUAGAAACGAUUUUAUAUUCCACUGUCCGGUGUAUAUGUGGUGGACUAUACUAUCCAAAAAGGAUUAUCUUGUUUUUGAAGCUCAACGGAAGAGUGACGAACAAAGCAAAUAUCCCUAUACAAAUAUAGAUAUGUAUAUAAGUGUGUAUAGACCUGGGGGAAAAAUUAACAUGUGAGGCUGCAAGAUGUUUUUAUUUCUGUCUUUCAUGUAGCUGAGGUUCCUUUAAUGGUA